UCACUUUUGUUUUGACAAAUCAAAUGUCAACCGCUAAAAACAAAACGUGAGUUAAAAUUCUUGUAUUUAAAAAAAUAAUUUGUAUUUUUAUAAAUUCAAUUAAAAUUUAAACAAUUUUAAUGAUGACUGUCGAAAAAGAUUUACAAACUUUGCAACGACAAUUUCUCUGCUGUUACCCACUUAACUUUAUUGAUUGCAAACCACUAUCCAAUUUAAGUUGGCACUAUCAAAAACAACUUCUCGAUUUUACCUACAACAAUGACCUAAACAAAAAAUAUCCAAUUAACAACAACUAUCAGCUAAGAUUUUUCAAAAAACUAAUCAAUAUAUUGGAACAAUCUGCUGAAGAAAUCCAUGAUGAAUUGUAUGAAGCAUUUUGUAAGCUAAAUUCUGCCGGAACAAAUGACAACGAAAAAUUCUCUUUUAAACACUAUUCACUGCCACACUACGAUACUAUCAUAACUUUAAAAGAAUCCAAAAGCUUUGUUGCUGAUGGAACAACUGGUUUAUGCAGUUGGCAAGCUUCUUUAGCUUUAGCCGAUUGGUUGCUUCAUAAUCCAAAUGUUGUUCAAGAUAAAUCAGUAAUUGAAUUGGGUUCUGGAACUGGUUUGUGUGGUUUUAUUAUAUCAAAGUGCUGUAAAGCAAAGGAAGUUAUAUUGACUGAUGGUAGUCCCAAGGUCAUUGAUAUACUCAAUACCAAUCGGGAUUUGAACUUUUCCGAAACCAAUCCUUCGGAAAAAUGUUCAAUACUUGAAUUACCUUGGGAAGAAUGUGAACUAAUUGGAACGAAAAAAUUCGAUGUUAUUCUUGCUGCUGAUGUUGUUUAUGAUUCAACUGAAUUUGAUAGUUUAGUUGGUGCAAUUGUACAUCUUUUUGAAUUGAUGGAUAAUAAAGUUCAUAUGAUAUUAGCGGCAACUGUUCGAAAUGAAGCAACUUUGAAGAUGUUUUUGAGUUUAUUGGAUUCGAGGAAGUUCAAUGUUGAGGACAAAGAAGUAGUUGCGGAAACGGAUAGUUAUUUGUUUUGGGAUAGAUCAACACCUAUAAGAAUAAUGAAAAUUACAAAAAAUACAAAUUUAAGUUAA